AUGAACCGCGCUGUUGUCUCUCGUUUCUUGGCUCUCCGCAAAGUCGUUCAAAAGAGAAACGGAUCCGGUGGACACCACGUAAGUUAUUUUCUUUUCAAUAAUUUUCACCCUCCAAACAACCAUAUUCUUUUCCAGGCCAACCCAGGACCACCAUGUACUUUCGACCAUAUGCCAGUCCCAUUCCAACCAUACGGAAAGGUCCACGGUGAACUCCAAUCCAAAUUCAACACCUAUUUGGCUGUCUCUGCAAUCUUCUUUGUUUCAUCGGUGAGAAUUUUUGAAAUAUGCAAAUUCUUGAUGAAUAAGACAAGACAAUAUGUGGGAAUAUGGAAAUCUUGGUUUUUUUUUGAGGAAACGAGAACGAUUUGCUAAAAAUCAUGUUGAUCACGAUAAUGAAGUCAAAAAAGCCAUAAACCGCUCUUUUUUAAGCUCUAAAGUUUAAAUUUAGUAUGUUCCGUGUUCUUGGGUGGAAAAUCAAAUUUUAUAACUUGUUCAGCACAUUCGAAAACCUCGUAGAAGUUUAAUUUUUCAAAAUAGCUGAAACAGAAGCUGUUUUCAUAUUUUUGAUGAACUAAAGUUUUAUGAGGUAAUGAAAUCUGCUGAACAACAUGAUCCAAGUUAUAAAAUUUGAUGUUUCACCUCGGAACAUGAAACAUACUCAAUUCCAAGUUUAGAACUCCAAAAAGUGCGAUUUUUGACUUCAGGAUAUUGAUCAGCGUGGUUGAAUUACUAAAGUUAAUCUUAUGAAUUUCUCUUGUAAAAAUUAGACAAUUUCAAAACCCAAUAAUCUGAAAAGCUUAAAAUUGACCUUCUCUCAAAAAUUAGAUAAAAUUCUCAAAACCCCUCCCAAACCCGCAAUCCUUUCCAGUUCGCCACUGCUCUCUACACCAAUCUCUUCGCGUUCGAACAAGCCAUCCGCCCACCACAAUCCUACCGUAAUCGCCAUUAG